AUGUCGCUCAUACAAGACAUUUUGGACGUGUUGCUAGCCGACGCCGUCGGAAAGACUGUGCUCUCCACAAAGGCAGUGCCCCAGGUGUCGCCUCAGUCCACAAACCUGUCGGUGCUUGCAAGCUAUGCCCAACACAACGUUGCUGAUCUGACCUCGGUAUCCGAGAAGGCGUAUGAUUCGGUGCGCAACUUGUACGUGGACGUCAAGACCGCAGCCGUCCAGGCUCUGGUGGCGCUGCCAAUUGGCUCGGAGAAGUAUCUGGAGGUGGACCGGUUCUUCAAGUUUGCCGCAGCCCUCAUCAUCCGAGAAGGCUCGCGGAUGGACCUGUUUGGAGGCAAGGACCCCGAGGAUGUGGUACCCGAGGACGUGACGGAGUUCGAGGAGGAAAUCGUGGCCGACUACGCCGACUUGACUGCGGACUUGGAGUCGUGGAGCGCAGAAUCGUUUCUGGUCAUGGGCCAGAAUGGACCUCUGUUUUCGACGUUGUCCACCAAAUCGGCCAUCGACCCGCGCCCAAGUAUAACCCCGGGCGCGUUCCAGGUAACCAACGUACUGCCACGUACCCGGUCGGUUCCGGCCUACCAACUGGGCUACCUCACACCUGCCGUGUCGCGACUUCCACACCCAGCCCUGCCUCCGACAGAGAUGAUGACGCACUUUGUGCACCCCAACGGCUCCGAGUUGGCGCCCAGCCGGUUCCUGCGGAUGGACGCAAACUCGUCCUUUGCCCCCACUAGCGACAGUGGUAAGGCCGUCUACGACCCCGCUUCAACCGGAGCUCUGUGGUACGAGAAGGUUGGGCGACUGCGAGAAAGCGCCAUCGACGACGCUCUUGGAAAGAACGACACCAAAAAGGAGGAUACUAACGACGUGGAGAUGAAUGACGCGACUGAGGCUAAGGUGGAGGGACAGGAAGAGGAAGAGGAGAAGGGGGGACAGGGAGAGGAAGAGGAAGACCUCCAGCCUCUGUUUAGAGAUGAAGAUGUCGACCCCUCCAAGGAUCUGCCCAUGGAAGACAUUCUCCAAUGGCACCCUCGAAACUUCAUUGACGACGACGAGUUCGAAGCCAUCAAAACUGGCACCGAGCUCGAGUUUGUCAGCAGACUCAUGCUCCAACUGCAACAACUCCAGGCAGACCGUUUGGCCACACCUGACAUACCUCCACCAGUGUCGUUUGAGGAGCGACGGCUUGCAAUGAAAAUCGAGGGUGUGUUGGGACGGCUGCUGCAAUCCACCGAGGGCAUCGACAUUGCUAACUCCAAGAUCAAGCCUUCCACUAACAUCCCUGCUCUCAAAACAAACUAUCUGGGUGUUUUGCCGGCCCCUGAACCUCCAAAGCCCAUUUCUUCCGUCGGACGUCUACCUUCUGGUCCCAAGACCCGACGGGCUAAGCGGUAG